UUCUGUACUGAGCGUACAAUAUUCACCAUCGACCUUCUCCUGCCAGAAUCCUUGUUUGUACACCACCUCGACUGAUUUCUGCAUCUGCCGCAGCUCAAUAACCACAAAGACAUAACUCGCAAUGACGUCAAUAGGAACAGGUUACGAUCUGUCCAACUCCGUCUUCUCUCCCGAUGGUCGAAACUUCCAGGUCGAAUAUGCGGUAAAGGCCGUGGAAAACGGAAACACCUGCAUCGGCAUAAGAACAAGACAUGGCGUCGUCCUGGCCUGCGAGAAGAUCAUCUCCUCGAAGCUUCUCAAACCAGGUACCAAUAAGAGAAUAUCCACAGUAGAUCGCAACUCAGGUGUUGUAUGUUCGGGUCUUUUACCUGACGCCCGGCAUCUCACCAGCAGAGCAAGAGAUGAGGCUAGCAGUUGGCGACAGACGUACAAAGCUCCAAUCCCGAUCAGUGCCCUAGCGUCGCGGAUGGGAGGCUACGUUCAAGCAUACACGCUUUACUCAUCUGUACGGCCAUUUGGAGUCACAGCGAUUUUAGGUGGCUGGGAUUCGGAAACCGAGCUUGGUGUAGAUGGCCAGGUCGGCUUUGGACCAAAAGUUGGCGCGGGUGGAAAGUUCGAAGAAGAAGCAGUGAAAAGAGGAGGUCCAGGUCUUUACAUGAUCGAACCCAGCGGGUUAUAUUGGGGGUAUUAUGGAGCUGCUACGGGCAAAGGACGACAAGCCGCGAAAGCAGAACUCGAGAAACUGGACCUAGGCUCACCCACGUGCCCUCUUACGCUCAAAGAAGCCGUGAUGGAGGCAGCAAGAAUCAUCUACGUUGCUCAUGAAGAUUCAAAAGACAAGGAAUUCGAGCUUGAGAUGAGCUGGAUCUCGGCCUUGGAUGGUCCCACAAAAGGCAGGCACGAGCAAGUUCCGCAAGAGCUGUUAGAAGAGGCCGAGAAAGCAGCAAAGAAAAGCUUGGAAGGCGAGGACGAAGAUGAGGACGAAGAGGAUGCUAUGCAAGAGUAAUAGCUCGUUUUGCCACCCUUCAUAGCAUUGUAGCACUACUGGCGUUCCAAGAUGGAUCAAUAGGUCGGGUCUUGUCAUGCAAAAGAGCCUGAGGACUUGAACACGGACUUUUUAUUUUUGUGAGACCCAUGUUCUGUUCUGUAACCUAGCCAAAUUCAUCGAGUGAGCUGUCUCUCGAUGCUGUAUCCUAUGCAUGUGAAACGACAACGGCUACUGUCUAUCUUCAAGAAGAUGCAAUUUU